GCCGCGACUUCGCCGCCGUGACUGCGCAGGCGCACUGCGGUGCUCGCCUGGCGCAGCGCAGGGCUGGAGGUGCCGCCCGCUGGGAGCCGGCGCGAUGGCGGCUUCUGCGGGUCUCUCUUCGUCGCCAAGUUCUCCCGCCGUCAGAGAGCUGUGCAAGAACGCGCGGGACAAGUUUCUGGAGGCCUCUCGGCUGCUCCUCACCUACGCAGACAACAUCUUGCGAAAUCCCUAUGAAGAAAAAUACAGAUCAAUUCGAAAUGGAAAUCCUGCGUUUUCCACGAGGCUGUUGCCUGUCAGGGGAGCAGUUGAGUGUUUGUUUGAAAUGGGGUUUCAAGAGGGAGAAACUCACAUGGUUUUCCCUAAGGAGGCAUCGAUUGAGCAGCUACGUAAAAUCAGAGAUCUGAUUGCUAUAGAAAGGAGUAGCAGGCUGAAUGAGUCGAAUCAAGUCCACAGAUCAGGAUCUUCUGAAACUGCAGCCAGCGCUCAGACAACUGCACAUCAGUCUUCAAGACCUGCUGGCUCUGUUCUUGCCCCUGACCGUCAGCAGCCUGAAACAUCACUUCUGCAGUCUCUCAAAAUGGCUGCAGAUAUCUUGACAACACUUCAAAGCAAAUGUGAGCAUCUUAUAUUAGCGUAUGAGAAUACUUCUCUUCAGCGAAAAGCACUAGCUUUGAUUCCUCUCCAGCAAUUGAAAGAGAAGGCUCAGAAAAAGCUAGCACAAGCUACGAGACUGGACAAAGGUGAACAUGUGAACGAAGAGGACUUCUUGUUGUUGGAGCUCUUGAGCUGGUUUAAGAAUGACUUCUUUCAUUGGGUAGAUAAUCUGCCUUGCAGCAGGUGUGGUGGUCAGACUGAAAUUAAGAGAGACUACCUAUCACCAACUGAUGAUGAUCUAAGAUGGAAUGCUGAUAGAGUGGAAAAUCAUUACUGCAGCCACUGUCAGUUCUGCAAUAGAUUCCCAAGGUAUAAUAAUCCAGAGAAACUUCUGGAAACCAGAUGUGGACGCUGUGGCGAGUGGGCUAACUGUUUUACACUGUGUUGCAGAGCUAUGGGGUUUGAAGCUAGAUAUGUCAGGGACUGGACAGAUCAUGUAUGGACUGAAGUAUAUUCUGCAUCUCAGAAAAGAUGGCUUCACUGUGAUCCCUGUGAAAAUGUCUGUGAUAAACCUCUUCUCUAUGAAAUUGGGUGGGGAAAGAAGCUUUCCUACAUAAUUGCAUUCUCCAAAGAUGAGGUUGUUGAUGUCACUUGGAGAUACAGCUGUAAGCAUCAAGAAGUACUCACUAGAAGGACAGCACUCAGUGAAGCUAAACUGCGUGAAACAAUUAACGCAAUCAAUAAAAAGAAACAACAGUCUUUGUCAGAAAGCAGAAAAAAAGAGCUCUUGGAAAGAACAAUUGUGGAACUUGCUGAGUUCAUUUCUCCUAAAACACCUAAACCCGGAGAACUCGGUGGAAGGACAUCAGGUUCAAUGGCUUGGCGAAUAGCCAGAGGUGAAACUGGUUCCGAGGAGAGAAAAGAAGUAAUUUUUAUUCCCUCUGAAAAAGAGAAGACUUCUAAACUUUUCCACCUCGUCUACAAUGUCGUAGAAGAUAGUUAUACACGGAUUUCCAAUAAUAAUGAAAAAAUAAGUGGCUGGGGAACAGGCAUUUGGAAGGCAGAGUCUAUUUGGAGAAAGGUUGAAACAGAUUGGAAGAUGGUUUAUUUAGCCAGAAAAGAGGGGUCAUCCUCUGCUUCCAUCAGCUGGAAGUUUGAGUGCAAAUCGGUCGGUCUAAAAAUAGAUAACAUUUCAAUUAGGACAAGCAGCCAGACAUUUCAUAGUGGAAGAAUCAAGUGGAGACUUUACUCUCCCACAACAGAAGUUAUUCUGGUAGGAGAUAAAAAUCUUUCCUCCUAUUCAGAGUUUUGUGGUGCAACAGAAGUUACGCUGGAAGCAACUCUAAGUGGAGGGGAUGGUAAAACUGCAUGGCAACACACACAGCUGUUCAGAAACAGCUUAACAGGGUGUGGAGAAAAUUGCUUGGAGAUAAUUAUAAAACUCACUGACCUCUAAGAACCUGAAAUAAAGAGAACUUCUCUGGAUUCCUUGAAGACACCAUACCAUGGAAACAACACAAAGUCUUGGUUGGCAGUUCCUGACUGUCCUGCAGACAGCUUAUUCCCAUUUCAAUCCUUCCAUUUUGCCAAAUGGAAACCACACGGGUAUUGAAUAGGUAACCAUCCCAAUGAAAGCCUUCUUUGCAUUGAAACUCAAAAAUUAAGGGAUUGAACUAUUAAAUUAAUGCUCUUUCCUUAAGAGUUUAAGAAAAGAAAGCAGUUCUUAGAAACCAAAAUGCAAUCAUAGGAGCAUAGAGCAAUUUUAAUUUGGAGUUUUGUGGCUGGCUUACUGGUUGUUGGGUUUUUUGGUUUGUUAUUUUAAUCUACUUCUUGCAAUAACAAUGUGAAUUCUGUUUUUCCAAUAACAACAGAUACAUUGUGAUGAUUUUUAAACAUUUUAAAAACUAAUAGAAGACUUAAGUAUUUUAAAAGAAAAAUCUGAUUUUGUGUAAUAAUUAGCUGAAAAUAAGAGAACUAUUAAAGCAAUCUUAAAAUGAUCUUGUCAUACGUCUAAGUAUUAAACUUAUGUUUAAUACCUAGCAACGUUUGGAGGUAUGAUAAUAGACUAAUUUUGAAAGAAAUGUUAAUUAUGUACGUAAGAUUUUGUCCUGGCUUGUGAUAAGAAAUUGAGACUUAAAAAAUGAAUAUCAGAAUUUUUUUCUAUGAAAAAGAUUAUUCAUUAUACAUAUUCUUUUACAAUAUAAAUCCAAAUCUAUGCACCUUUAAAAAGAUCUAUGUAGUGUGUAGGUUGAAAUCAUUUUUAAGCUAUUGUCUUGAGGUGCUUUGAAUACUGUUCCCAAAUUCGAUGUAAAGGUGUAUACGACUUUCUGUUACUGUAUACAGUGUUUAAAUUUCUUUGCAUUGGGUAUAAUAAAACAGCCACCCAGGAGAUUUCAGAUGUAACAGUGCUGUGAAUAAAGCAUGGAGUGAAUGUUCAGAUUAGAUAGUCUUUAUCAGAGAAUUUGAGGAAGGCUAUGGAUGGAACAUACGAGAGUAUUUCUAUUGUAAGACUGUAAUACAAAGUUUGAGCUAUAGUUUUAUUUUCAAAUAAGUGAAAAUUAGGGAUGAUGUUCCAAAGGUCAGUGAGAUUUUUAAAGCUUUUUCUUCUUCCUUUUAUUUUUCUUCCUUUUUAUUUUAAAUUUAACCCUUCCAACCACUGUAUUGAUUUGAAACUAUUCUCAAAAAUCAUUUGUGUUGAAACAAAUCAAGCAUGUAUUAGGCUAUUUGGGUAUUAUUAGAAAACUGCACAGGUACAGUGAACAUAGGCACUGAAGUUAUGCUACAGACAUAUUAAAAUAGUAGAUAACAACAGCUCAGGAGUGACAGAAUGAUGUAAUAAAUCAUAUGCUUUUCCUCGGAAUACAAAUUCACAGUUAAUGAGGGAAUAUAGAGGGAGUCUCACUCCCUUAAUGCAGAACAACUGAGUGACAGGUAACUGUAUGGAGGGAUGCUGAUCUGUAUUUGACUAAUGCCAAGUGAAUUUGGCAGUUUCCAUUUAAAACUCCUCUUGCUUUAAAAUGCUAGCUCAGGGAAUUUGAGUGGGAACCAAACAAGUAAAUUCUACAGUCUAAUCUAAAUGCUGUAGUGGAAGAAAGUAGUAAAAAAAAAAAAAGAAAAAAAAGAAACAAAAAAGAGAAAACCUCACCUUUCUGCUUCAUAAUUGUGACAAGAUAUUUCUUUUAUUUUUUUUUAAUUAAAUUAGAGGAGUAUCAGGAACUGUAAAGGAGCUUAACUUUGCUUGAUAAUUUGAAAGCAGAAGGCAGAACACUUCUAAUAGUAGUAAUAUGAAAGUAAUUUCUCACAAUUAUGGUCAGAAUCUCUGGAGGAAGAGUAAUAACAUUAGAUAACUUCUAUUAAUAAGUCAUUCACUCAAAAAGUACAGUGGAUAAUGUUCAUUAUUAAAACAUUUGAAUCAAUUAAAAAAAAAAAAGGCUCCACUAAUCUAAUUAAUAAGUACUUUCUGUACUUGUAAGAUCAUGUGCAAUAAAUAAAAGUGCUUAUUCUAGGAAUUUAUUAUUGAGUAGAAACCCGAUUGAACGAACCGAAUUUGAAGAAGAAAAAACAUGAGACCCCCGUAGAUGACUUUUGGGUACUCUGUAAACAGUGAACAUUUUUAGUCUCUUCAUGCAUGAGCUGUUCUAAAGGUGCGUAUUUCUCCUUUUAAUAUUUAUUUCACUGCAACUCAAAUAUUAUUAAAGCUUUAAUUUUUGAAACCAGAGGUAAUUCCUCUGAUACUUUGCAUUAUUUCAUCCAUAGCUGCUCAAUAAUUUACAGCAUUGUGAAUUUGUAAUAGUAUGUGGUGGAGAGAUCUGUGCUGCGAUGUACUCUACAAGUGUGGAUAUUAAGUUAAGCUGGCAAUGCUACGAUACUAGUGGAGUUUUGGGUGACGUUGGUCAGGGCAUAUGCAGCUUUUAAGCAAACAUGUUUUGUUGUACUGUUGUAUCCCUACAGUUGAUCAUACAGAUGUUUAUUUCUUCAUAUCCUGUUUAAACUCUGCUGUGUGCAGAAUAGCAACCGCUAGUUGGCAACACAAGAAAUUUUAGGAGUCAUUUCCUAUACCUGAGGAACCUGCUGAGAGGGUGGAAGAAAAAAGUUUUAAAUGCGAAGAAAGUCCCUUACAGGCAGUGUAGGGGAAAAAACACAGGUAUGCAAGAAUCUAGCAAACAAUCUUGAUAUAAAUUAUGUAUUUGCACAAGAUAUGGGUAACAAAAAUGAUCAGAGCCUGUGCGAUGUCGCCUUUACUCAUCAGUUUUCUGCAGAUUUUUCACAUAAUAGGGAUUAUGUCUUAUGUCUAAACCACAUUGUGUGCAACAUCAGGAAAUGUAGAACACUAAAAAUAAAGUAUGUUUGUCUCCAUAGCACAGUGGAAUGAAAACAGAUGGUAGGCAGCACAUAUGGCUGCCAGAAGCUGGGAACACCCAUUUGCAGAGUUCUUACAGCUUAAAACAAAAUAAGCUAAAACAAAGGAACACCAAGGGGGGCAGAGAUUGUACCCAGCAGAUAUUGGAACUUUGUGCUCUUAUCUAUGUCCACACUCAUUACCUUCAGUUGCUUAAGCUAAACAUGGAAGUAUGCUACCAGUUUAGUUAGCGUGCCUUCUUAGAAUUUGUCAAAAUUUAGCAUUUAUUAAAUACGGACAUCUAUUUUAAAUCUCCUGUUCCCACUGUGGGUUCAAACCUCUGGUUUGCUCCUAUUAUAAGCAAUUCAACUUAAGAAAAAGCCUUACUAGGCUGGUACAAUUUCUUCUCUGAAAUUACUUGUUUCAAGAGCAAGGAGCCACUGGUGCAGAGUUUUGAAACAUCCCAUCCUAUAAUAUGGCACUUAGGACUGGUAAAGUAACGAGCCAAGGUCAAGCAGCCUCAAGUAUCUGUAUUUUAUGUGUAUACGUGUUGUGAAAUAUGUGGGAGUAUACAUGUGACUUCCAUUCUGAAUAAGAGGACCAUUUUUUGGUUUGUUUGUUUCUUUUCCUUUGUUUAGAUUUUUAUGUUGAUUCCUGCACAUUGCCUUUUUAUUUUUUCAAGUUUUGUAGUUAAGCCACUAGCUUCUUUUAUGGUUAGCCUACUUCAGAUUCUGCGGAGCUGUCUUUUUUCUACACAUUUCUAUCCAAUUUAAAAUACGUCUUAAUUUGCUUUUAAUUUAUAUGGAGGAUUGCAACUGUAUGAUAAAUAUACUAUGGCAAAAAUUAAGUUAGUUUCUUCACUUUUAUAUUCUACGAGGAAACCAAAGGGAUAAAGAUACUCAAACUCAGCAAAAAAAAAAAAA